UUUCUCUCUGCCUCUCUCUCUCUCUCUUUUUCUCUCUGAACAGCUCCACCAGUGUGUGACGUAGUCCACAUUUAGAUCAUGUGUCUGCGUGCCUCUCUUUUACACUGCUGCAGGAAGCCGGGCCUAUUCGCUUAUUCUUUUCAUAUCUCCUCCUCCUCCUCCUCCUUCUUUCCUCCCUCCCUCCCUCCUUUCAUCGCUCAUUCGCUCUCUACCUCCCUCCCUCCCUCCUUCCUUCCCUGCCUACCUCAGUCAUUUUCCCUUUCCCUCCCUCUCUCUCACUCUUUUACAGAUUGUGUGCGAUGGUCAGGUACGCCUGCACUGAGAGCCACUAUCAUGGACAGAAAAAUGGACAAAUCAGACGGGACCAGAACAGACAGAUGCAGAGGAGCAUCCAUCUGGAGUGAGGCCAGACCCUGACCGGCUAAAGAGAGUGAGUGAGUGAGUGAGUGAUAGAGAGAGAGAGAGAGAGAGAGAGGUGUGAGAUAAAAAGAGACAGAGAACAAGUGCAGGAAGAGAGAGAGUCUAUUAAGAGUGUGAGAGAUAGAGUGUAUCAGAGAGAUAGUGAGAGAUACAGAAAGUGCAGGGACAGAGAUGGAGGACUCUUCUUCUCCAUCAGCAGAAGAGAGAAGGGGGGAGGUGACCAGGUCUUCAGGGGGUAACGGGUCCCUCUCUCCCCCGACCCUGAGCCCAGCGGUGCCACCCUACGUAAAGCUUGGCCUGACCGUGGCCUACACAGCCUUCUACUCCCUCCUCUUCGCCUUCGUCUAUGCCCAGCUGUGGCUGGUGCUGCGCUACCGGCACAAGCGCUUCAGCUACCAGACGGCCUUUCUGUUCCUGUGCCUGCUGUGGGCCGCCCUGCGCGCCCUGCUCUUCUCCUUCUACUUCCGCGACUGCGUGACUGCCAAUGCUCUCGGGCCCUUCUCCUUCUGGCUGCUCUACUGCUUCCCUGUCUGCCUGCAGUUCUUCACCCUCAGCCUCAUGAACCUCUACUGCGCACAGGUCUUUUUCAAGGCCAAGUCGAAAUAUUCUCCUCAUCUGCUCAAGUACAAGUUCCCUCUGUACCUGCUCUUCGUGGGAGUGAGUCUGCUGUUUUUGCUGGUGAACCUGGCUUGCGCUCUGCUGGUGAAAAUGACGGACACGCAGGUGAAGACCAUCGUACUGGUGCGGGUCACCAUUAACGACUCGCUCUUCGUCCUCUGCGCCAUCUCUCUCUCCGUCUGCCUCUACAAGGUGGCCAAGAUGUCCCUUGCCAGCAUCUACCUGGAAUCCAAGGGAACAUCAGUAUGUCAGGUGACCCUGAUUGGCAUAUUGGUGAUUCUGCUGUAUGCAUCCAGAGCCUGCUACAACCUCGUUGUUCUGGCUCUAACAGACAUCGAGACCAUUAACUCAUUCGAUUAUGACUGGUACAAUGUGUCUGACCAGGCUGACCUGAGGUCCAGUCUGGGAGAUGCUGGCUAUGUCGUAUUUGGGGUCAUUCUCUUUGUGUGGGAGCUACUUCCCACGUCCCUGGUGGUCUUCUUCUUCAGGGUUCGCAAGCCAGCACAAGACAGGAGUGCAUCUGCCAUCCCGAGUCACGUCUUCUCCACCAAACGCUACUUCUUUGACAAUCCCAGACGUUAUGACAGUGAUGAUGAUCUCGCCUGGGGCUCUCAUCCUCAGAGUUCUUCUACAAGUUUGUCGACAGAUUGCUACGACUGGGGGAGCCGGAGCAGCAGCUUUCUGGUGAAUCUGGGAGGAGAGAAUCAGCGAUCAUCUCCAGUGACCCCGGGGUUGAACCGCUAGCGCCAGGGCCACAGUAUAUCGCUACCUGUACAUUAGCUAUGUGAUUGCACUGCACUUUAAUGUCCGCAGCGUCUGCAUUCUGUGCACAUGGCCAGUUACUCUAAACUUGUCUUUAACAGUCAGCGCUACUAACACUACUGACCGGCACCACCGCCGGAACGGAACCCGUGCCCAGUGAGUUUCCAUGGCAAUGCCUGCCAAGAGAUGCAUCAGUUACCAUGACAAUCCCAGUUAAAGAUGCGCUAGUUGCCAUGGAAAUGCUCACUAUGGGUAGGGUAACCCUAGCUCCUGUUUUAGUUACCAUGGUAAUCCUGGUUACGUGAUGUCUAGGAUUGCCUUGGUAAUUUUUAUAUGUGACGCAUGUGUUACCAUGGCAACUUCAAACCAGGGUUUGUCCAAGACAUCACAGUAAUCUUUUUUUUUUCUUCUGAGCAAAGGAAACUUAUACCUUAGUUACCAUAACAAACCAUGUUAAAAUAUACUCAAGUUUUUGAGGUAUUUUCAUCAGAGAGGUGCAUGAGUUGCCAUGGUAAUCCCAUUUACAUGAAUGAUGCAAACAUUACCAAGGUAUGGUAAAUUUCUUGUUGAGUAAUUGAUCAGUUAUCAUGACAAUUUAGGCAAAAUCACCAAAGGUAAAGCCAUAUACACAGAUCAAUAAUAACAUUAUGACCACCUCCUUGUUUCUACACCCAUUGUUCUUUAUUGUUUCACUGAGCAUAUAGAAGCAUUUUGUAGUUCUAUAAUUACAGAUUGUAGUCCUGUAUCUGUUUCUCUUCAUACUUUAUUAGCUUCCUUUUACCCUGUUUGUUUUUCGAUAAUCAGGACCCCACAGGACCACCACAGAGGAGGUAUUUGUGAGUGGUGGGUCAUUCUCAGCACUUCAGUAACACUAGUAUGGUGGUGGCGGUGUGUUAGUUGUGUCUGUUGUGAUGCUAUGAGUGUAUCAGACACUACUAUCCUCACUCCAGCAGUGACACUGAGGUGUUUAAAAACUGCAGCAGCACUGCUGUGUCUGAUCCACUUAAAACAGCACAUAAAUACACUAACACACCACCACUAUGCCAGUAUCACUGCAGUGCAGAUGAAUGAAUGAAUGACCCACCACCCAAAUAACACAGUAACUUAUCUGUGGUGGUCCUGACCACAGACUAACAGGAAGAAAGAGGACAAUAAAGUAAGUGGAGAACCAGAUAUGGUACUGCAUAAAUGGAAAAAUGGAUAAUGGCAGGUUAUAGUGUUAUGCUUGAUAAGUGUACAUAGCAAAAACAGCAAAACAAUGGAUGAUGCACGAGAUUCUGUGGUGAUGGGACAGGCCAAAAUGUCUAUAAAAAAGAUGGGAAAAAAAACAAAGCCUGUAUGUUGCACUGUAGCAUCACAGACUGUGAUAAAGGUAAACAACAAAUAUAAAAGGUACACUAAUCAAGAUUAUCAAUGGAAAUUUAAUUUACUCUAUUAUUUGUCAUUGUUUCCAAAGUCACACAUUUGUACAUAAUUAUUUUACAUGAAGAAAAGAUAAGACAAUAUCAAUUUGUUUAUUCAAAUGUUAUUCAAAACUUAAAAUUUUAGCUCGAGUCUAAACCUAGAAAAAUAAUCUUAAUUAGAGUACCUUCAGCACUGACGAGCACCUGUAACUUAAUGUACAAUCAAAUCUAGUCAGCAUUAUAUUAGUAGUAUCAUGAUAGUGAAAACAAAUACCAUAAAGACCAUAAAAUAAGCUAUUAUGUACAGCAUGAAUGUGUUAUUCUCUGUUUAAGUAUUUGCAUUGGGGACAAAAUAUGAAGAACAAAAAAUGCUACUACACUCAUCUUCAAAAAAAAAAUUGCACCAGAUUUUGGUGUCGGAUUGCAAUGCUAUUCAGAAGCAAGAUAAAUGUUACCAGGAGCAAUAAAUUAUUAAACUUUACAACUGGGGCGCCGAGUGGUCCAGCGGUCUAAUGCGCUGCCACUAUGAACGGGAGGACGCAGGUUCGAACCGACGCUCAUGCAGCUUUGCCAUCAGUGCUUAGAGGGAGCAAAAUUGGCGUGGGUAGAUGGUGCUCUCUUUCCAUCCCACUUAAGGUGGCGCUGGGCGGCACAAGGCGCCUGUGAGCUGAUGAAUCGGAACCUAGCCGCUGUGCUUUCCUCCGAGCGCGCUAGCUGCUCAGGCAAUGAUUCAUCCGCAGCAGCUUGAAAAAAGGAGUGAUUGACUUCACACGUGUCGGAGGAGGCGUGUGCUCGUCCGCAUCCUCCAAGGGUCACGGGCGUCACCGGUGAUGAGGACGCACAAAGGGGUGGGCCAAUUGGAUAUCCAAAAAUUGAGUCCUGUGAUAAUUAAUUUCACGCAAAUAGAAAAUUGCCACAGAUUUUGGGGUAGAGUUGUUAAUUUUGACAGCACAACGUCACAAUAAUGAGAACGGUGGCCCUACCUUUUCAGAAUGCACUAUUCAUGCCCUAUUUCAACAAGACAAUGCUUGUCCACAGACUGCUGCUGUCUAAAGAGUUCUUAAGGACACAGAUACUGAGCCACGGCCAGUAGAAUCACCAAACCUAUCCCUGAUUAAAAAUGCGGGGCAUGCUAUUGGAUAAUGCUAAAACUCCACCAUUGCCAAAAAGUCUGCAGGAACUGCAUGAAAAUUUGAGCUACAUGGUAUGGAUUAUUAAAGGAUAAUACUUUAAUAACCCCCACAACUUACACAUGCAUCACAUACUACUUCUCCAUGGGUAGCUCAAUAGAUAUUGUCUAUAUCAGAAUUUUUAAUCAUUUAUUGUUCCUGGUUUUCUUUUAUCUUCCUUCUGAGAAGCACUGCAAUCCAACACUUCCGUCUGUGUGCAACAGUUUUUUUGAAAAAAAAAAAAAAAAAAAAAAGAAUAAUACUGUUCAGUUUCUCACUUAUUUAUUCCUCCAAACAAAUAAUCAAACACUUUGUUUUGUACAGUAUUUCAUGCUGUUCCUGUACGCUUGGUAAAGUACCUUUGUUGUGGAAUUCAUGGAAUUCGAUAAUUUUAAUCUGUUGGCUGGUUAUUGGUUUUAUCGGUUGGUUCUAUUUUGUUGAUCACAGAUUGUGAAGAUUCACCAAUAAAGAGAUAACGUUUGAAAAGAAAA